GGGAAAGUUGGCCGUGAUGUAGAAGUGUAAAAAUUGCAAAGAACAGUUCAGGCCCAAAACCGAAGCGAUGCCCUUUCCUAUAAAUUGGUGAGAAGAGAAGAGAAGAGCAGCAGCAAUCGUUGUGUAGGGUUUUAGAGGCAAAGAGACGAAGAGAGGCAAAUCGAGACGAAGAGAAAGAGAGCAAUGGAAUUAUCAAGCGGGUCUUCAUCAAUCCAAUUCAACCCUGACCAGUUCAGGAGCGAGCUUCAGUCCCAAAUCGCUGAGGCUUAUUACCAGGAGUUCCUUGAGACCUUAAGGAAGAAGUGCUUUGAAAAGUGCAUCACAAAACCAGGAUCAAGCCUAAGUGGGGGUGAGAGCAGCUGCAUCACUAAAUGUAUCGAUCUCUAUGUCGAGGCUACCACCAUCAUCACUAAAGAGCUCGUUAGUGCAUCCCGGGACUAAACUUUCCAGUAUCAAAUUGCCUUUUGUGAAUAAAGCUAAAGUUGCAAAAGAUAACAGACUUCAAAUGCAAGUUGAGAUUAUGCUGUUUUUUACUCUAAAGCGAACUUCUUUAUUAGGACCAAGUGUUGCAUUCACGUUAUUGUGUACUUGAUUGUUGAGUUAUGCACACAUUUUAAUCUGCGAUUUUCAUUUCAACAUUAAUCCUUAAAACUUUGCAGUAUCGAUUCGAUUUUGUCUCGUCCAUCCUUGUUAUUAUAUUGUUAUGAUUUGAGACCUAUCAUCCAGAUUUGUGAAGCACCAAUGUCGCAUGAUGAAGCUUGGGUCUUUAUUUUAUGAGGCCUUUAUUUUGUGGCUGAUAUUUCUCCCU